UGUACACACCAGGUCCCGAAACAAAAUGGGGGCCGACCCUGACACUCUCCCUCCUUGACCCGUUCCGAUUAUCCCUGUUUUAUGCCUGAGCGACGAGUCGGUUUCUCUACCAAAGAAGACCUAGUGUUUUCAUUUUUGAUGCCGGAAGCACAAUCCUAUACCUUGGAAGAAUAAGACGUGGGAUAGUGUGCAACGGCAAUUCAAGUGUACCCAAACACUACAUGGCGGUGACAGGUUGAAACCUCUUGCUUUUGGAGCUACGCUGCCCUGUUCCUCGGAGUCACAUCAUUGACGCUAUAUUUUUUUCCUUUUAUUUUUCUAUAUUAUUUCUAGUUCUCCCUUCAUUCAAUUGCGCAUUUAUUACCAAUCUAGUUUCUUUUGGUGGCGCGUAACCAGUGUCUGUUCAGCAAAAUUCAAACUAUAACUGUUGAUCUCUUUAGCAGAGCUUGAUUCGACUUAAAUCAGGUGUUCAAUUGUCCUCAAAAUACUUGAACCGAGGAAACUUAACCACUUAUAUAUCAUUUUCUUCUUUAUAUAUAAAUAAUGGUUCCAUCAAUACCUUCGGUUGUCGCUCGGCCACUUACUCGCGGCGCCGAUGUAAUCCGUGGGACUUUAGGAAGCUUGACUUGGGGGCCGGCCUUGGCGAUAGCCAAGCCGGCCGUCCUCUCCGUUUUCUCUAACAUCGCAAUCGGCACAUUGUUAUUAGUGGACGAACCAGCAGGGACGAGAUUGAUAUACGGACAGAAAUUUUCCUCCAAACACGCCGAGCUCACCAACGGGGACCAUUCCAUUAGGAAAGCGAAUACGAUUCCGCGCGUUGAAAUUCGAGUUAAAGACGACGCAUUCUGGAUGCGCUUACUCCUUUUUGCCGAUAUGGGUUUCGCAGAAUCCUACAUGCUUGGCGAAUUCGAAUGCGCCGACUUAACGGCCUUCUUCCAGCUCUUCAUCGUGAAUCGGGAUCGAUUAAGCAAUGGAACUACAGUAUUCUCCUCAUUGUCGGGUAUGGUGUCAAGUAUUGCAAGGACGACAAAUACGUUGUCGAACGCACUCUUGAACAUCUCUGCUCAUUACGACAUCAGUAACGACAUGUUUGCGGCCUUCCUCUCGGAAGACAUGACUUAUUCAUGCCCUAUUUGGCAACCUCGAGGCGCUUUCGCUAAACAGGAAGAAACUCUUAAAGAGGCGCAAAUGACUAAACUCAACCGGUUCAUUGAUGGUGCUAGGAUAAAAUCCACCGACCAUGUCUUAGAAAUUGGAACGGGGUGGGGAUCUUUCGCAAUUGAAGCUGUCAGAAAGACGGGAUGUCGUGUAACGAGUCUUACUCUGUCGAAGGAACAAAAGACACUAGCAGAACAACGAAUCGAAAUAGCCGGGUUUUCAACCCGGAUAGAUGUUCGACUACUUGACUAUCGGAACUUGCCGGAUACAGUCGAGUACGAUAAGAUCGUCUCUAUAGAGAUGUUGGAGGCUGUUGGUGAAGAAUAUCUAGGCACCUAUUUCGCAUGCAUUGAUCGGUUGCUGAAGAAGAAAGGUGGCAUUGCUAUGUUUCAGUGUAUUACGAUGCCUGAAGGAAGACACGAGGCGUAUUCUAAAUCUGAAGAUUUUAUAAAUAAGCACAUAUUCCCCGGCGGCUACCUGCCUUCUAUUACACAGCUACUCAAUCAUAUCUCGAAAGAAUCUAAGGGUACGCUGAUUGUGGAACGGGUCGAAAACAUAGGAGGUCAUUACGCUAAGACGCUGCGGUUAUGGAAGGAGAAGUUUAUGUUGAACUUCAAGUCGAAGAUCCGGCCAGCAUUGAAGGCGGAACAUCCGCGCAUGACGCUUCAGGAGAUUGAUGUGUUCAGACGGAAGUGGGAGUACUAUUUCACAUAUUGUGAAGCUGGAUUUGUCACUAAAACGCUUGGUGACGCGAUCAUCACUGUUGGAAGAGAGGGUGCGAUGGAAUUGAUGGAGGAUAUCCCAAUGUAAUGAAAUCAGAAAAGGUGAUAGUCAUCUUUAUUAUAGAUUUACGUUCUCACUGGCUGCGCGAAG